UGUACCUGCGCUUUUUCCACUGAUGUCCAACACUCAAUAGACAUUCCAAACACCAUUUGGCAGGUGCCUUUGCAGCCUGACAGCAGUUCUUCUUUGAUACAGGAUGGAGGACACCUACAAAGACAGGACUUCACUAGUGAAAGGGGCCAAAGAUAUUGCUAAGGAGGUGAAGAGGCAAGCAGUGAAAAAAGUAAAUAAAGCAGUUGACAAAGCCCAGGAUGGCUACACACAGAGGUCCUACAGUCGAUUCCAGGAUGAGGAAGAUGAUGAUGAUUACUAUAGCCAAGGAGGAAAUUAUGGUGUAGAAGCUAAUGAUGAUGAAGGAUCAAGUGAAGCAACUGAAGGACAUGAUGAAGACGAUGAAAUUUAUGAAGGGGAGUAUCAGGGAAUCCCCAGCAUGGGGCAGGGCAAGGAUGACAGGGUGGCCUUAGGUCAGUCUAUGCGUGAUGAAUACAAAGAUCGCCAUGAACUGGAAACAGAGAGGAAAGCUGAUGAAGAAGAGCUAGCACAGCAAUAUGAAUUGAUAAUACAAGAAUGUGGCCAUGGUCGUUUCCAGUGGGCCCUCUUCUUUGUGCUAGGAAUGGCCCUAAUGGCUGAUGGGGUUGAAGUGUUUGUGGUUGGAUUUGUGUUGCCCAGUGCUGAAACAGAUAUGUGUAUACCCAAUUCUGGAUCAGGAUGGCUUGGGAGUAUCGUGUACCUUGGGAUGAUGGUGGGGGCAUUCUUCUGGGGAGGCUUGGCAGACAAGGUGGGAAGGAGACAAUCACUCCUGAUAUGCAUGUCUGUCAAUGGAUUCUUUGCCUUCCUUUCAUCCUUUGUCCAGGGCUAUGGCUUCUUCCUCUUCUGUCGCUUGUUUUCUGGAUUUGGGAUCGGUGGAGCCAUGCCAACAGUCUUCUCCUAUUUUUCGGAAGUGCUCGCUCGGGAGAAACGAGGUGAACACCUGAGCUGGCUCUGUAUGUUUUGGAUGAUUGGUGGCAUCUACGCUUCUGCAAUGGCUUGGGCAAUAAUUCCUCAUUAUGGAUGGAGUUUCAGCAUGGGCUCUGCCUACCAGUUCCACAGCUGGCGAGUAUUUGUGAUUGUCUGUGCACUGCCUUGUGUCUCCUCUGUGGUUGCCCUCACCUUUAUGCCAGAAAGCCCACGGUUCCUGCUGGAGGUUGGAAAACAUGAUGAAGCUUGGAUGAUACUCAAGCAAAUUCAUGACACAAACAUGCGUGCUCGUGGUCAGCCCGAGAAAGUCUUCACUGUUACCAGGAUCAAAACACCUAAACAGAUAGAUGAGCUCAUAGAAAUUGAGAGCGAUACUGGAACUUGGUACAGGAGGUGUUUUGUAAGAAUCCGCACAGAGCUGUAUGGUAUUUGGUUGACAUUUAUGAGAUGCUUCAACUACCCAGUGAAGGAUAAUACAAUCAAACUUACAGCUGUGUGGUUCACCCUGUCUUUUGGCUACUAUGGCUUAUCUGUCUGGUUUCCUGACGUCAUUAAACACCUUCAGUCAGACGAGUAUGCAUCCCGAGUGAAACAUUUCCGCAAUGAGGAGGUCUCACAUUUCGUCUUCAACUUCACACUGGAAAAUCAGAUUCACAGCAAUGGGGAAUACAUCAAUGACAGGUUUAUUAUGAUGAAGUUUAAAUCAGUAACCUUUGAAGAUUCACUUUUUAAGAACUGUGUUUUUGAAGACAUUACUUCACUGAACACAUACUUCAGGAACUGUACUUUUGUGAAUACCACCUUCUACAACACAGAUCUUGAGCAGUAUAAAUUCGUUGACAGUGAAUUGAUAAAUUGCACAUUUUUUCACAUCAGGACAGGAUGCCAGAUUUCUUUUGAUGAUGACUACAGUGCCUACUGGAUCUACUUUGUUAAUUUCCUGGGAACUUUGGCGGUGUUACCAGGAAAUAUUGUGUCUGCUCUCCUGAUGGAUAGAAUAGGACGGUUAACGAUGCUCGGUGGUUCCAUGGUUCUUUCUGGCAUCAGCUGUUUUUUCCUGUGGUUUGGGACCAGCGAAUCCAUGAUGAUAGGUAUGCUGUGCCUCUACAAUGGCCUCACCAUCUCUGCAUGGAACUCUCUAGAUGUCAUUACUGUGGAGCUGUAUCCUACAGACAGAAGGGCAACAGGCUUUGGCUUUCUGAAUGCACUGUGUAAAGCUGCAGCUGUACUUGGAAACCUAAUAUUCGGUUCCCUUGUUGGUAUCACCAAAGCAAUCCCUAUCCUCCUUGCUUCUACUGUUCUAGUAUGUGGAGGUCUGGUAGGACUUCGGCUUCCUGAUACAAGAACCCAGGUGUUGAUGUAACUGUAAAGAACAUUUGCUAUUAUUUAUUUCCUUCUUUGUACAAAUGUCAUUCUCCUGACUGAUGGUGCAAAGGCUUCAGAUUCUCAACACACAGUAGAGUGCUCAAAUGUCAGAAAUGAAACUCAAAAGAUACUUUGGAGUAGCAGAGAUUUAGCAACCUCUGUAUGAAGGUUUUAAAUUUCACUUUUGUUUGCUUGCAUACUUUGUUAUUCAAACCCAUUUCACUUUGAAGUGCAAAGCUACCUCUUAAAACGGUUUUGGUGACAUAACCAGGAAGGUAAAAAUCAUACUGAUAAUUAGAUAUUUAAAAUGCAAGCAGUCAGACUAUUUCAAAAACACAUGCUGAAUUUGGCCAUGGCAUUGCGAGCUUUAGUAACAGUACAGACAUGCAAGUCAAUUACUUAGCACUAUUGGUGCAGGGAAUGUUAAUGUAUCAAUGCAUGCAGCAUUUACCAGGAAACUCAACUGAUUGCAUCAGUACUGGGAACAGUGACCUUCUGCAGUUGUGCUUAGGUGACAAAAACUCGUGGCAAUGUCUCUUCCUUGGGAAACAUUUUUAGCAGAUUCAAUCUAAGCAAAGAUUACCAACUACACCCCGUACUGACUGAGGAGAAGGCAACAGCUACUGCAGGGAAUGUAAAAGUCCAUAUAGGUAGGCAGCAGAGAGAAUAUUGAAAUUAAUAUUUUCACUUUUUGCUGCUGAUGCUCCAGAAAACUUUUGUUUUAUUCUCAUUUGUGGCAUCUGGAUUUUUUUUUCCAUUUAAAACAGUUAAUUUCUCUUAUUCCAGGAAUGAAUGAAUGCAAAUAGUUUUGCUAUGGUUAGUAAAAAUAAAGGAAGAAUCAGGCCAUCGAACUAUAAGGAUGAUACUUUCAGAGGUUUAUUUAGAAUUUAUAUAUGUAAAGAACUUAAUUAUUUUCAUAGUUUCUACACUUCUUAAUAUAACCAUUUUCUCAGCUAAUUUUUAAUAGUUCCAGAAAUGUCUGACCACUUAAUAUUUUCAAACGCCUCUUUGAAAAGCCACUAAGGAAUAAGCCACGGCAAGACUGCAGGGAAUAGUAAUGCUUUUAUUAGACCAAGAGCAUAGAUGGAAAGCAAAUGGUAGCAAACAUAUUCCUUCUAUGCUGUGGACUGUUCUGAUUACUGAAAAAUUCCCCAUCAGUCCUAAUGCUAUGCAAGAAGUUAUGGGAUCUCUUUAAAAUAUCACCAUUACAAAUUUAAUACAGAUACAUUUAUAAAAUCAUCAAAGAAAAGAGUCAGAUCCUCUGAAGACAAAAACUUGCAUCGCUUUCAGUGGAGCUAAGACAACUUGUAUCUGCUGAUUAACUAUCUGCAGUUUCAAGUGUGAAAUAACAAAUUUGCUAUAAAACAUAUGGUAAAUUUUCUUCAGUUUUUUUUCUAAUUAUGUCUGACAGCAUUUAUUAGGUAGAUGAAUCAUUACCAAGCAACUAAACUUUCAAAUAAGGUCAUCAUAUAGUAAGCUAGACCUUUUUUCAUUGAUUUUUCUCUUGCUCUUAGAUGUGAACUUGGAUUUAGGUAGUAAUAUGUGGCACUGCAGUCUUUAUCAGUCAUCAUCUUUGUCAUAUUAAAAGAAUCAGUAAAAGUCCAUGUAAGAAGAUCGUCCAACAUAUUUAUAGUUCAUUGUUUAACCUACUGAUUCUAGAAGUGACUUUUUCAGUUACCAACAAAUGUGUGCUACACAUUGUGGCACAAAAAAUGUUAGCCCAAGAUGCUGCUUUCUCCCAUGAAAUGAGAAAAUUGGCAGAAUUUAAAAAGCGUGAGUAUGGAAAACAAGGGAGUAUUAUUUUGAUGUUGGUAAUUUUAAAAAAAUUUAUCAAAUGUGUUUAUUUUGGAGUAUUAAGAUAAAGAUAUUUGAGAUUAAAUAUUUUAUGUUUAAAUCUGACUUGGACAUAUCUCUUAAAUUUCUAAACUGUGUUCAUAAAUGAGGAACAACUAUUUUUCACUAAGGUCUAGAAAAAGUUCUGGCCUUAGUUUUGCAUCUGUGGCCUUUUUUCCCCCAGUCAUAGCCUUAAUAUUAUUUAAGGCUGUUUUCUACAAUCAACAUUAUAUUUGAGCCCUCUUUCUCUGUACAAUUUAUUAGUAGCACAUGUUCAACUCCUUGCACAUACUGCACAAGUUAUUUUGAAAUCUGAAGCCUCUGUACAUAUUUGGAGUAAACACCACCAACAAUGGUAAAAUAUUGCUCUGUGUUGCUGUGCACUGUCCUCUUGCAGCAGUAUAUUCUGUCCAUCUCUGCAUGUAAUUCCCAUAAUACUCACAUGCAGCACUUCAUACCUUCUGACCAGCUUGAAGGAAAUGAGUCACAGAAAAAACAAUAUUCAGCUUUUGAGGGCUACAAUUGAAGUUUAACACUCUAAAAUCCCAUGAAAUGUAAAAUUAUGUUGAUUUCAGUGUUGGUCUUAUCAUAAGUCCUGACUAUAUCAUAGGUCUGUGAUUAAGUCUGCAUGAAUUGAAAUGUAGCAACAACAGGAAUUAGCAGAGAUUUUUAAAAAUGGACACUGCAUGGUCCAGAAUGAUAAUGUUCUAAGGUAGAGAAAAGAAAAAAAAUAGUGGCUAGGAAUUGGGAGAAUAAGUAAAUGAAAGAGAUGAACCGAGAAAAAAACCAAGAACAAUUCCAACAUAAGAAACAAAACCAUAAGUUAGAAUUUUCCCAGAUGGUAAGUUAGCUGGCUCAACAGAUUUGAGCUAGUGUGCACGCCAACAUCAAAGUUGUUUGGAUAUUCAAUAGUUUUUGCUUGAGCACAGUAAAGAUUUAUCUCAUAAAGACAAAAAAGUGAAGGCAAUUUAACGCUAUAAAUAACUUUGUGAGAUAGGUGAAAUCUACACAUGGAACAAAAAUCUAUGGAGAUCUGGACACAAAUGUUAAUCACAUUAUAAGCAAAAGUAAUUUGACUGGUCUUCAGCAAUUCUGUCUUUUCUUGCAGCCUCCAAAGCAAUCACAGGUAAUAAAUACUGAACAGAAGGA